ACUCCUCAGCCUCAGUAAGCUCAAGCACCAAGCUCGACUGCUCAAGCAGGAAUCCACCAGUCAAUCACCGAGCACUCAGCCGGUAGCCAUGGACAUGGGCCUUGAGGUCUCGAGCUCCUCCCCGUCCUCCUCGUCGGUGUCGUCCUCGCCCGAGCACGCGGCGGGGCGGGCGUCGCUGGCCAAGCGCCCCGCGGGGCGCACCAAGUUCCGGGAGACGCGGCACCCGGUGUACCGCGGCGUGCGGCGCCGGGGCAACGCCGAACGUUGGGUCUGCGAGGUGCGCGUCCCCGGCAAGCGCGGCGCGAGGCUCUGGCUCGGGACGUACGACACGGCUGAGCUCGCAGCGCGCGCGAACGACGCCGCCAUGCUUGCCCUGGGCGGCCGCUCCGCCGCGUGCCUCAACUUCGCGGACUCCGCGUGGUUGCUCGCCGUGCCGUCCGCACUCUCCGACCUCGGCGACGUCCGGCGCGCGGCGGUCGAGGCCGUGGCGAACUUGCAGCGACGAAAGGCUGGCAACGGCUCCCUCACCGCCACCGUCACCGAAGAGGCCUCCUGUGACGCUCCUGAAGAAUCGUCGUCUGAGUCUGACAGUGCCGGUUCGUCGGAGACGUCGGAACCUUCAGCCGAUAGAGAGUUCGAGGUGCCGGUCGCAGUGGACACCGAUAUGUUCGGGCUUGACUUGUUCCCGGAAAUGGACCUGUGCUCGUACUACGCGAGCCUCGCGGAGGCACUGCUCGUGGACCCGCCGGCACGGGUGACCACCACCGACACGUACUGGGACAACGGCGACGGCGGAGCCGAUGUCGCGCUCUGGAGCUAGCUAGUGUCGAUAAUUCCCAGUUGGCAGCUGAUUCUGCUUUUGUUUUGACUCUAGGUAUUUUUCCCGUGUUACAAAGUUUUCCAUUUUUUUACGAAAAGGCUAUGUGCGUAGCUAAUAAAUUGAAGCUGCUCCUAAUUCAGCACUCAACUGUUAAACGAUUUUAGCCGUAUAAAAUCUUUUACCACCUGAGGGCAUGUACAAUGGUUGAUAAAAUAGUCUUAUCUUAAGUCUUGCA